ACAAAAGUUAAAAUGAAUAUUAACGUAAUGUUGGAUGAACAUUUGACAAGCCAUAGUUGUGUGAAACUCGUAAUUGAAUUCCUGAAAUAUAUUUUAUAUCAGAAACAGCAAAUACCCUUUACAUAUGAUUCACUAUCUAAGUUACAAAUGAAAUCAACGGACAGAAAUUCGUCUGCUAUAAAAACAUUAUUGAAUUCUUUGAGAAGCACCUCAGAACAGUUAAAUUUGCAGUUUCAUCUAAAAGGCUGCAAAAUCAAAGAAAUUGCUAUACUUAUUGGUGCUACAAUAAUAUCACCAAGAUUACACAUCCGAAUUGAAUUUCCAUCUGAUAUUCUUAGUAGCCAAGAACAUUUGGAAUGUAAACAUGCAUCUAGGAAACCACUGUUAAGUUUAAUGAGGUCAAUGUUGGAAUGUCCAGCAUUUCAAGAUGCAUUGACUUUACCAUUGCAUCCUACAAACACCUUUGUGCUAAUACAAAAGAGUGAUAGUAAUUCAGUGUCGGAGUUCUUUUUACCUAAACCGUUAUAUGUACCUUCCAAACAGAACUCGAAUUAUUUUGUAAUUAAACUGCAACACAAGGAUCAAGUAAAAAUAGACUGUAAUUGCAUAAAUGUAGUGAAAGUUUACAACGAAGUGUCUGAGUCUAAUACUAAUAUAGACAAAGACAUUGAAUUUUUAAAUAAUUCUAAUGUGAGUAUCACACAUGUUCCCUAUCAAUGGUAUCAAUCUAAAGAAGUGAUUAAAGGGUUUAAGUUUAUAAGAUGACCAUAGUUUUAAGAUCUAAUUUUAAGAUAACCAAUUAAUAAAAUUAUAGCAAAUUUUUAAUAAAUAUUGAACAUUAGAUUAAUUUCUAAGACAUUGAAAAAAUGGAUUCUAUUAAAUAUGUUAAUUAUGAUAUUUAGAAUA